CUCGUACCAACGAUACCGAUUCGGUGAAUCGCGCCUUUCUCGCUAAUCUACGUCUUUAGCGCCAACCAUUGUUCAAAGUUCACUGUCAAAAUCAUGUAUCCUAGCUUCUUGUGGAAUUCGGGGCAUUCACAGUCAAUCUCAAUCUCAGCGAGACAUUAAUUCGACCAUCUUCCAACAAUGUCCAGACUGUGACUCUCAGAUAUCCAAUAGGAGUCUUGGGUAAAGCGAAACACGAGUGAGCGUGGCGACUGCGUAAGUUUCGUUUCGCCGUCAGAUAAUGCCAAUUUGUGGGCAAAUCAGCGAUAGGCAGAUUCCAAGAUUCUGCCGUUUACAGAAAGAUCCCAUCACAAAGUUUGUAUCCCUUGUAUCCAUUUCUCCGAAAUCGUAUGCUUUACUAUGAAAGUAAUUGGAUUGAAUUUGCUUUGGUGUAGUGUCGGGGUCCUCCUCCCUUAUGGGUCAAUGGCUGGACCCGAGACCGACUUGAUCGAAAACCUGCCCAUGCAUGGAAAGACUAAGACGCCGCACUAUUCAGGCUACUUGGACGCGACGGAAGGUUGUAACUUAGAGGUUAAUGGUCCCUAUUGCAAAAUUCAUUAUUGGCUGGCUAUGGCGGAAGGCGACUUUCUAAACAAGCCUGUUGUGUUGUGGUUGAAUGGAGGGCCGGGAUCUUCGUCCAUUCUUGGCUUUCUUCAAGAAAAUGGACCACUUCUUAUGAACUCUACAGGAGGGUUGAUGGAAAAUCCCUACAGCUGGACCAAGGUUUCCAACUUGUUGGUUAUUGAAUCACCGAUUGGGGUAGGGUAUAGCUACUGUGCGAGUCAACUCCUGGGAAAAGUGUGUGAAAACACAGACAAGUACACGGCAUCGGCGGCUCGAGCGGCAAUCGUGGAUUUCUUUGCCAAGUUUCCGUAUUUCGCCAGCAACGACUUUUUCAUAACUGGAGAAUCUUAUGCCGGAGUUUAUUUGCCGACCCUGGCCUACGAACUACUAGAGCAUGCGCCUCACAUUUCGUUGACGGGUAUGGCUGUCGGAGAUCCGUGUACCGAUAACACGGCACAAGCCGACUCCAUGGACGCUCUCUGGUACGGACACAAGUACGGUCUCGUCGACGACGCCAUCUUUGACACACUAUGGAAUCAAUGUGGUAUCAGGGCUCCAUCUUUUCUGAUGAAAAGCAAAAUUCAAUUGACGCAUAAUGCGGAUCUAGGAGAGGAAUUUCUCAACGACAUCGGGUAUGAUGGCGACUCAAACGUAUGUCGAUUAAGUAUGCGCAAGUUUUUGAUGUCCUCUAGUCGCGCCUUGUCGCAAAGCUGGCGAGGUAUGUUUAUUGACGACUAUUCGCUCUUUGCUCCCGUCACGGACUUGGAAGACAUACACAUGACCGCCUACAUGAACCGCCCCGACGUCCGUGAAGCCCUGCAUGUUAUGGAUACUCCUAUUCGGAGCUGGCCAUACCCCAAUGUUGGUUUCGACUACACAAAAGAAUAUGAUGCUUGCAAUGCGGAUGCCGAUGAAGAAGCUCUGUCCAUGAUUGACUUUUAUCGCAAAUUGGGCCCGCGCCUCCGGGCCAUUUGGAUAUAUAACGGCGAUACGGAUCCAUGCGUCUCCUAUGAAGGAACACGCGUGGCUGUUUCUCGAAUUGGGUUCCCGGAACUUGAUGGUGGCGGAUACCGCCCGUGGUUUUACAACCAAACGGCGACCACUGUUGAAGUGUUGAUGGAAAAGCCAGCUUUGUUUGGUCCCGACUUAUUAUUGCAAGAGUUAGGAGCACAAUUAGGAGGCGAAGUUGUGAAUUACGAAAACAACAUUUCAUUCUUGACUUUCCAUGGAUCGGGCCACAUGGUUCCACAGUUCCGACCGCAAGCUGCUUUACACAUGCUACGAAAGCUCGUCAACUAUGAAGCGCUUUCACCGAAAUUGCCUCUAAAUGCUACAUUGGUUGAUUUGAGCAACCAGGACUUUCGUGUGACUAUGGACAUCU